CCAUUGCUGGAGAAAGACGCAUUCUAUAGUUUGUGUAAUUGUGUACGAAGAAAUUGGAUCUAUGUGGCAUGGUUUAAAAUUUUAUAUUUAGCCAUAACUUCUAGUUAUCUAAAUCCACUACAUUAGACCCAGGGGAAUGGCGUUACAGAGCGAGGUUUCCCCACCUUUGGUAGGGGAUGCAAACAAAGACACAAAGAUUGACGGAGAUACAAAAAGCACUGAUGACAAUGAAUCAUCUCAAAGUACUGAUGAAGAUGUGGAUUUGGAAGAAGGAGAAAUUCUGGAUUCAGGUGCAGAAGAAGAGGAAGAAAAGAAAGAUUUUACUAACAGCUCGUUAAAAGAAGCACUGGAUAAGAGUUGUCUACAAAGUAUAGAGCAGCUAAUUAGUCAGUCCAAAAAUUUGGAUACUUCUCUACCUAAACCUUCUAAGCCAGUUUCUCCUCGAAAACUGCAGAAUAAACUAGCUGCAAAAUAUAUGGAUCAUGAUCAGAUUCUAGAUAAUUCAGAUCAGGAAGAUGGUUGGUAUCCUUCUCCUUCAAAAUACAAGCCAAAAUUUGAAGAAAAACCAAUUGAUUAUCGCAUGGAACUUGCAGCAUACAGAGGAACUCCUCCUAGUUCCCCUGAUCAUAAAAAGAAAGAUGAAAAAAGGAAAAAAAGGUCAUCAAAGAAAUCUAAAAAAACAAGUCGCAAAACUAUUAAGCGGAAGGAUAUAAAAGGCCUGCGCGUCAUGAAAUAUAAAAAAGAGAGUGUCAAGGGUAGAAUAUGUAAAUUUUUCAAGGAAGGAAAAUGUGCUAAGGGAGCUGAUUGUUUAUUUUCUCAUGCAUCUCCUGCAUCUUACAAGAAAAAAGAACUCUGCAAAUUUUACCUGAAUGGACAUUGUAAUAAAGGCAAAGAGUGCUUAUACAUGCAUAGUGAAUUUCCUUGUAAAUUUUAUCAUACUGGAUCAGAAUGCUAUGCAAAGGAAGACUGCAGAUUUUCCCAUGCACCCUUAACUGAUGAAAUGAAGAGAAUCUUGGCUGAUUACUUAAAGCUGCAUCAUGGUGAUGAUGAUCAUGAAGGUAGGAAACGACGUGUCAGCUCUAGCCCAGAACCAAAGGGCUCUGCUCCAAAGCGCCCUUGCUUAUUAGGUUCUCCUCCCAGGCAUAUCAGAGAAGCUGAGGAAACAAAGCGUUGGCAGGAAGAAAUGAAGCUAUUACAGCAGCAAAAUCAUCCCGGAUUUGAAAUACGUAUUAGCCCAAACAGAGAGAGUUCAUCACCACCACAAUGUCCAAAGCCAAAUUUUUACCAGGAAACAUUGCCAAGCACUCCUCCACAAAAGCGCAGAACUGCACCUGAAGCUUCCACUCCAUUAGCUCAUCCAUCAGGUUUUCCUCAAUCUAGUGCCUUUCCUAAAUCUAACAAUUCUGGAAUGUUUAUUGAAGGAUCUCCAAAGAUUUACCAGUAUGAUGAAGAAUAUACUGAAGAAAUGGAUGUUUCUUCAGCUAAGCAAGAUACAUCAAAUGACUUCAGCUGGAAAAAUGUCCAUAAUCUUGUUCACGUACCAGCAGAUCAACAAGAGCUGGAUUUCACAAGUGAUGUAAAGUUUGAUGAGACAACACAGUUUAGCGAAAUGGAGUCUUCCACUGAUUGUCCUCCUGUUUUAUCUCCUGGUCCAAUUGUACCUUCUGCUGUCGAGAAUAAAGAUAAUGAGAGUAAUGAUACUUCAAAUCAAGAAAGUUCUAAAACUGGAGAUGAUGGGAUCUCGGCUGUAGCAACUUCGAAUUCUUCCAGCGAUCCUCCUGCACCUCCAAUAGUAAUACCAAGCCAUUUACCUAGGAAGCAACGAGAACUCUUCAUGCGUAUCCAACAGCAUCAAAAGAAAAAUGCUGUGAUCACAGAAAAUAUUGACAUUUCUAGUAGUCCUUCUACUGCUGAUAUUGCUGAAUCUCAAAUAAAGAAGGAAGAUUCAGAAGUGGAGGAAGAAAAGCCUGAAACAGACAAAACUGAUUCCAAAUGGUAUAGUAGUGAAGAUGAUGAUGAUGAUGCAGAUCAGCCUUUAACAGAUGUGCUGAAAAAACUUCGCCAAACUCCACCACCUGUAGCCAAAGAAACAGAAUCUAAGCCAACUGUUAAUUUAAUGGAGAUGCUGAAUAAAAUACAGAAAAACACUCUGGAAAGAAAUAAAGCUGCAGUUGAUACUAAACCACCUCAAGAUAAUUUUUGGCAAAAUAUCCUAAUGGGAGCUGUUCCAUCAUCUCAGCCACUGAUUCCAGCCUUGUCCACUGUAUCUUCUGAAUCUAAACGACGCACUCUGCUUCCAGAUCCUCAACCUCUACCAGUGCCAGCUGUGAAAAAAGAGCCUGUGGUGCCUAAAGAUCCUCGUCUAAAAAAUCGUGAUCCCCGUACAUUAGCAAAUUCCAAUACUUCCAAUAAUGCAGCUAAUGUUCCCAAGACUACUGCCUCAGAAACGAAUAAUUUAUUGCUCAAUACAACACCAGUGCAGGAUAUGAAAUCUCUUCUUUCUAAAACAACUAGUGUAACAAGUGAACUUCCAAAAGAAAACAUACCUUAUAGACUACAUGGCAUCUAUACUACACCACCUAAUUAUACUCCAUAUAUUCAUGCUAGUCAAUCAAAUCCCAAACUACUUGAUGAUCCCCGCCUUCGAAAGCAUUUAAAUCUUACGCAAAGUAAUGAGAGCUCUUUAAAAAAUACUAAAGAAUUGGAUCCAAUAAAAUCUGAGCCAAAAGAUGUUCCUCCUAUUCCUAAGUCAUUGUUAAAGUAUGAGAAACCAGAUUCCUUGAAUAUAAAUAUUUUUGAAACUAGCUCUCUAAAAUCAUCAAAUGAAGAUGCUCAAGACUGUAAACCACAACCACCUAAUAUGCGAAAGUUAAUAGAUCCCCGUAUCCGCCGACGGGAUUCUCAUAGUAAUUCUGGAUCUGACACUCCCCCGCAUCUUACAAUAGUUGAAACUAGUAGUCCAUUACAGGAAUUCAAAACUGCUCCUGUACUAGAAAAUGCUCUAUUAGAUCCUGUUUUUGAGAAGAAAUGGCUUCCUCCUGUUUUAGAAAAGAACUGGACACCUCCUGUUCUUGAAAAGAAUUUGUAUGAUGUUGUUAUCAAAAAAGAGAUUGAUUCUGACUCAGAAGACAGUCCUGAUCCACCUCGACUAGAAAUAAGCGAGAGUCCAAUUGAAACUAUAUCCAUAUUAUCUAAGAAAGAAGAAACAGUAAAAUCUGAGAAAAUGAUGUCAGAUAGAGACAAAAGUGUUCCACCAUUAGUUUCUCCUCUUAUCGUUAAAAGAGGAAAACCUACACCAGCAAGUCAUCUUCCAAAAGCUAUAGCGGAUCCUCGAAUGGCAAAAUUACAUCAUCCUUUAGACCCUCGAAGACCUCGAGCAGCUUUUACAGAUUCUAACAGCAAGGUAAUUGUUGAGCGUAGAAAAGUAGAAAAUGAAAGGCCUCCAGAUAAAAAUUCUAUCAAUGAAUUAAAGAGCUCAGGUGAUUUAUCCCUUACAAAAAAUGAGGGUAAAGAAACUGUUAAUGCAGCUGAAACUGAUGACAAGCAGAAGACAGUAAAGAAUAUACCAAAAAAGUGUAAACUUCCUGAGAAAAGUGAAGAGAAAAAGAAAACUGUACAUCGUAAUCGAAAAAGUAGCAUGGACUAUGCUUCCCCUCUCAAUUCUUGUGAUGAUACAAACUCUAAUAAAAGUUUGAAUUAUAACAGUUAUAAUCAGCGACCUAAUCAAAGGACAGUUAAACCAAUUACAGAUACAGAAUCACUUACAUCCUCAUCUGCUCCUGAAGUUUCAGAGAACACAAUAAUUUCGGACUAUCUCUUGAGUGAUAAUUCAAACAUCGAAGGUGAUAAUAUCGAUGUAAACUUAAAAGACAUGUUUAAAACAAUUGAUCCUACAGCAUCACCAUUUUGUUAAUUAUAUAUUCCAUGCAAAUCUGUUACCGAUGACCAUGUAUAAAGAUGUACAUAGGUUGAUAAUGGGUAAAACAAAAUAUUUUAUAUUGUUGCCUGUCUAAGAACUUUCUUUAUGUUUUUGGAGAUUUACAGCUUAAAGCUACAACUUUUUGUGAUACACCAAACUUUGUUCCCAAAAAUCGAAAAUACAUGUUGAAGAAUGUUUUCUGAAUUUUAAUGAUUUUUAUAUAAGACUAUACUAUGAAUGUAGGGAAUAAAUCAUUAUUUAUUUUUUAUUAAUUUUCUUAUAGGCAGUGAACAAUGUUUGAUCUUGACCACUUACAAUUUGUUAAUAGCUUCUGUAUCAAUACUCAACAUUCAAUUCUGUAUCUUACUGUAGCUUCUGUAUAUGUAUGUUAACUUUUCCCUUUCUUCUAUGCUUUUAAGUUAUUAAAUCUGGUCACUCUAAACUAAAUUUUAAAUUUAGUUGUAUGCAUAUGUCAAGCAUAAUUAAGAUGUACUUUUUUUUUUUUUUUUUUUUUCUUCUUUUUCUUCUCUCUCUCUCUUUUUUUUUUUU